GGUCCUCACAAGCAUCACGGUCAUCAUCAUCAUAGACGCACUUUUCGUCCGCGUCCCACUAUUCCACAAAGCAUCACUACUCCUGCAGAGCCUGAACAAAGCACCCAACUUCCUGCCAUUACCACAUCAGCUGCAGAGGUUGUCGUGACCGAUGUUGUGAGUGGCGGACCUACUUCUGUGCCGGUCGUGACCGAUGUUGUAACUGGCGAAGUCACUUUUAUACCGGAUGUUCUAAGCACUGAAGGGAGCAUGGUUACUCGAGCGGAUUUCGAGCCAAGCACAAAUGUUCCCGAUAUUGCUAGUUCAACUGUUGAAGUCGUAGUGACCAACGUCGUGACUGCAGAAGUCACAUCAAAGCCGACUGCUGUCACGUCUGAAACUGCAACUGUUUCAGCCUAA